AUGAUUAACAUUUUUUCUGAAUUUAUUUAUGAAGCUGGAGGACUAGCCGCUCAAGUGAAGCAGCGAGUUGAGAAAAUGGAGCUCUCCAAGUUGACCUCUUUUGAACGUGAAAAUGAAAUGCGCGUUCGUGCGAACCAAUUAGAGACCAUUUUAUCCCUUAUGCGAGCCAAUCCUCAGAAGUUUGGUAGUGUUUCUUCCGAAGAUCUAACCAAUCAGCUUUCGACCUUCUACACUACUGCUACUCCAAUCUCUUUUCCUGAUUCUUGA